GUUUGGGUGACAUUUACCCGACGCAGCUAGCACUUCCACACUAAUUUGUUCAGAAAGUUAAACAAACGACAAAAUGUCAGCUACUAAGUAGCGCUAAACGUAGCUAACUGCAGUACAUAGCUGCUCAGUCAAGCUAAACCCGACAGCUAGCUACACGGCGUUUGUUAGUGUAGCUAACUUAGCUAGCAUGGAGUAUCUCAGGAAACCCCUGUUUACUUUUACCCAGCAGUGGAAACCCCUCAGCUGUAUUCAACACAGAUAUUGUUCUAAAUCAGCGAACUUUAGUGUGGCUUCAAGAGAGAGGAAGACAACUGUAGACAAGUUCAAGAGCCAGGUAUCCUCUGGUCCAAGUUUCCAGGACUUUAUCAGAGGAGUUUCAGUGAAUAAGAGUUUUGUUGCAGAUGAAGAGUACAGACAUGGUUAUCUCUCUGAGGAUCUGGAGCUGGGGAAUUCAAGGAAAGUGUAUUUUGAAACCUAUGGAUGUCAGAUGAAUGUGAACGACACAGAGAUAGCCUGGUCCAUACUGCAGAGGAAAGGAUAUCAACGCACAGUUCACCUUAGUGAGGCAGACGUUGUCCUUCUGGUAACAUGCUCCAUAAGAGAAAAAGCUGAACAAACUAUAUGGAAUCGACUACAACAGCUGACAGCUAUGAAAAAGAAACGGUUAAAGACCCACACACCAAUGAAAAUUGGGAUUUUAGGCUGCAUGGCAGAGAGGCUGAAGACAGAGCUUUUGGAGCGGGAGAAGCUUGUGGACGUUCUCGCCGGUCCAGACGCCUACCGAGACCUCCCCCGCCUCCUGACUGUAGCUGACGGAGGUCAACAGGCGAGCAACGUGCUGCUGUCGUUAGAGGAGACCUACGCUGACAUCAUGCCUGUCCACCACGCUCCUCAGGGACACAGUGCUUUUGUGUCCAUCAUGCGAGGCUGUGACAACAUGUGCAGUUACUGCAUUGUCCCCUUCACCAGAGGGAGAGAGAGGAGUCGACCCGUCAGCUCCAUACUUGAAGAAGUUCGGAUGCUCUCUGACCAGGGCGUGAAGGAGGUGACUCUGCUGGGUCAGAACGUGAACAGCUACAGAGACACGUCCGAGGAACAGUUCUGUGGCUCAGAGCCGACCGCGCUCAGCCGCGGCUUCAACACCAUCUACAGAACAAAACAGGGAGGUCUGCGAUUCUCCGACCUGCUGGACCAGGUGUCACUCAUCGAUCCUGACAUGAGGAUCAGGUUUACCUCCCCUCAUCCCAAGGACUUUCCUGACGAGGUUUUGCAUCUGAUCGCAGAGCGAAGGAACAUCUGUAAGCAGAUCCACCUGCCAGCUCAGAGUGGCAGCAGCAAGGUCCUGAAAGCAAUGCGCAGAGGCUACACGAGAGAGGCCUACCUUGAUCUUGUAAAGCACAUCAAGAGAAUUAUCCCAGAGGUGAGUCUCAGCAGUGACUUCAUCUCAGGCUUCUGUGGCGAGACAGACGACGACCACCUGCAGACUCUGUCACUGAUCAGAGAGGUGGGCUACAACGUGGGCUUCCUGUUUGCGUACAGUAUGAGAAAGAAAACCCACGCCUCCCAUCGGCUACAAGACGACGUGCCAGCUGAGGUGAAGCAGCGCAGGCUUGAGGAAUGUAUAACUGUGUUCAGAGAGGAAGCUGCAAGAGUUAACGCUGCUCUCAUCAGCAGCACACAGCUCGUCCUGGUGGAGGGAGAAAGUAAAAGAUCUGCCAAGGACCUGUGUGGGAGAACUGAUGGCAAUAUGAAAGUGAUUUUCCCCAAAGAGGACGUUGCUGUUCUGCCUGCUGAAUCCAACACUGCACCAGUCAGUGCUGGGGACUAUGUGCUGGUGAAGAUACUGUCAGCCAACUCCCAGAGCCUGAGAGGCCGAGGCCUCAGCCACAGCUCCCUGAGAGGAUCAGUGAGGCACUACGAGACUCUGCCAAGCCACCGGCAUGAUGAACAUGUGGCCUCAGACUCAUCCAUGAUUGAAAGGUGCUCUUGAAUGACACAGGUGACAUCACAAGAAACAAACUGUCACUCUUUGGGAAAACUAGCACACUGCCCACUUCUCUUGAAUGACUUUGAAGACACACGGAGGCUGUUAUAACGGGAAUAUUGAUCAUCUUACAGUCACAUUGGACUCCUUGAAUGGGCUGUGCAAUAUUUUAUUUAUACAGACAGUAAGUAUUUGUUUGUACACAUUAAACUGCUCAAGGCUGCAUUUACACGAAAUCAGGGGUUGCAAUGAAAAUGGCUGUCUUACCAUUCAUUUGAGUGUGGGUAGUGUGUCUAGACUCUGGUGGUGGGACUGCAGGUGAGGCCAGGUUAAAAAAAAUGCAGCGGUCUGCAUCAGAUGGUUUAAACAUAAUCAACUGUUGGAGAAACGCAAAACAAUAUCAUGCUGUCAUGGCCAAUCAUUUAACAGGUGAUUAAACCCAAAGAUGCCCGCUGUCCAUGGGAACAAGAAAUACAAUGAUAUAUUGGGUAAAAGAAAUAACAAAGUGUGUAUUAACAGCAGUGUAAAGGCUACUAUCCUACAAAGAAGAGCACUUGCUUUGUCUGUGUGUGCAAGAACGUGUGUCAUUUGUGGCAGUGAAUACUACAGCGAAGGAAUUCUGCAAAUCAGUCACUAAGACAGCAAAGCUGGCUUUCACACUUGGAUCUCCCACAAAAUGUCCUUUUAUGUAGCAUUCCCACACCAACGCACAACCCUGGUGAUCCACCUGAUUUGGUGUGACUACAACCCAAGACCCUUUUUUACACCUGGUAUUAUCAAAGGUAUUGGAUGAUCUGAUCACAAGUGGACGGCUCUAAAGCCCCUUCCACCUGCAU